CAGGAUGUGAUUGAGAGAUCCCAUAUGAGCAGUGAAAAUUUUACGUUAUUUCUUCAUCAGAAUUAUUUAGAUUUUUAUAGUAGUAUAGAUGAUGUUGUGGAUGCUAGUCUUUAUUUAAGUGAUGCUGAUCAUCUCACCAAAGAUUGGGCUAGUCGGUCUGCAUUAAGAGAAUACAGUUCAUGUGUUGGUGCUAGAGGAUUAGUACAUUGUAACACUGCCAGGAGUAGGAGUGGUAGUACUAGUGGAGGGGGUGGAUGGAAGCCAUUACACAAACCACAGUGGUAUGAAGUCAAUAGAAAAUACCGUGAACGCUGUCUGACAGCGAGGCAUCUCUUUUCAAAACAUUGCCAGACACCUGAAGAUUUACAGAUCCAGUUUAUGCCUUAUUUAGCUUUGAUAAAUGUCCCACUCAGUACUCCAGGACAAAUAUCAUUCCUCCAAGAAGUUUGCAAAUUUUCCAGUUCUCGUUACCCAGUUCGAACACAGCCUGAAAAACUAAAUGAACAAGACACAGGAGAGGUUGAUGAUGAUGAGGAUGAAGUCAGCAAAAUAGAAUCCAGUCAGAACACAGAUAUUGACCAGUCUGAUUUCCAAACUGUUGUCGAUGAAUGUAGCGAGGAUGAGCUUAUUAUAGAGGACUUUGAUGAUUAAAUGUACUGGAAGAACUGGUGCCUUGUACUAUAGCUGCUGUGAAAGGCCUCAUCAACAGCACUAUGAACUGUAAUUCAUAUUGAAAAUGUCAUAUUAUGGUCUUGAAAAAACAGAUUUCACUGUUGGUGGAAGAUGUACUUUCCCCCUAACAGCUAUACUCAACAUCCAAUCAUAACCUUUGUUAUGAACUAUGUGCAUAUGAAAUAAGCAUGUUUAAUUUACCAAUUGGUUUUAUGAUUGGUUGCCAAAUUUUAACAAAAAAGGAAACAGUAUGUUACAUUUGUUAUUAUGCAUUUUAUUUCACAUGCCAAAGGCUACAAGCAAAAUAUUGUUGCCAAUACUGCUUUAAAGGUGGCCAAGUUGAAUACACAGAGAAGAAGUCAAUCUA